AUGGUCAUGUAUACUGCUAAACUUAGCCUUGCUGUACUCUCUUAUCUAAAUGCUACUGAUCUCUGCUUGGCAGCCUGUGUCUGGGAUACUCUUGGAAAUGAUGAAUUACUCUGGCAAAGUUUGUGCAAAGCAUCAUGGGGUGAAGUCUCUGUCUACAAUCAUUGGCUAGAUCAGCCAAAAUUCUCAUAUAAACGUCUCUAUCUAUUAUUGGAUGAAGCCUCAUUGACAUUCAAUGGAGACCCUUUUAUUGGUAUGGACUAUUUAAUCGGCCACAAUCUGGUUGAAGAUGAUCCAUUUGAAAUUGCUCAAUUUCUUCACUCAACAAAACGAUUACAUCCAGACAAACGACGAGAGUUUUUAGACAAACGACGAGACAUUCUUGAACAUUUAGUUCAACUGCAGGAUUUUGAAAACUUGUUCCUUCCAACAGCUUUACGCCAGUUUUUCAGUGAAGUAUCUGCUCCAGAUGAACGUGGAAGUUACCUAACUGAAAUGAUGGAGAAAUUUUCUGAGAGAUAUUGCAGGUGUAAUCCUAACCUGGGUCUUUCAAAAGACACUAUCUUCAUCCUCUGUUUCUCCCUAAUCAUGUUAUCUGUAGAUCUGUGCAGUCCACACGUAAAGAAUAAGAUGUCUAAACGUGAAUUUAUUCGCAACACCCGAAGAGCAGCUCAAGAAGUGCAAGAUGAAUUGGCUGGACACCUUUACGAUAAUAUAUAUUUGGUUGGUCAUGUGGCCAUGGCUCAGAAAGCCAUGGCUGAUCAAGCCCAGUACCGCAUUGUGACCUGA